AUGUCGCCUACUGCUGCCUCGUCGCUGAAACGUGGGUCGAGUAAAGGUUCCCCACCGAAUAAAACUGUUAAGCUUGACGAAACAUAUGGCUACAAUGAAUCGUAUUUUGCCGCUGCCGCCAGCGACGACGAUAGAAAUAACAGUUGCGAACAGUCGUCGAUGAACGUCGGCGUUUGCUUUGGUUCUCAUAUACAACAGUGUGUUUUAAUUUUUACAGCGAACAUUUGCAGCGAAAAAUUCGCCGUUCGUCGGCAUUGUGUUUCAGCGGUAACUGAGGUUGAAAAGAAGCUGUCGAAACGUAUUGAUGAGAUAUUGUUGCUAACAACCACACUAAAGGAGACAUCUACACGCAUUGAUGUGUUAGAGGAGCGUGUGCAGAAAGCUGUGGCUGAAAUUGCGUGCAUAUCUGCGUUAGAGGAGAGAAUACAUAUAAAUGAAUACUUGAAAUGCUUAACAGACGAUGAAUCUGAAGAAUUCUUGGAACUGUUCGACACGGAAGUUACAUAUAUUGAGGGUGGACGCACUGCUACUGGGUUCUAUACGGUUGAAGAUAUGCUGUACACAAAGCGUUUAUACCGAGUGCAUGCCGCUGGUUCAUCGGUCCACUUAGAGCCCGUCGCCGUACAUUUUGAUUCACUAGAUCCUCGAUAUGCCUUUAUGCUAGACUGUGGUAUUACAUUGUACAUCUGGCUUGGAUGCGCUUCGAAGAAUACAUUGAAUUCCAAAACACGGCUGAUGGCAGAAAAAAUUAAUAAAACUGAGAGGAAAAAUAAAUGCGAAAUCAUACUCGAAAUGCAAGGAGAAGAAAAUGAAGACUUUUGGAAGAACUUUGGAGCUGAUCCACAAGCAAUAUCAAAACAUAAAAUUCCCCAGCAUGUAAGCAAUGAUUUUGUACCUUCUACGCCUCGCCUAUAUCAAGUUCAACUUGGAAUGGGCUAUUUGGAGUUACCACAAGUGGAAUUUCCAGAUCAAAAACUUGUUCACACUUUAUUGAAUAGCAAAAAUGUUUACAUAUUGGAUUGCUAUACAGAUUUAUUUGUGUGGUUUGGUAAGAAAUCCACCCGAUUGGUACGAGCCGCUGCGAUAAAAUUAUCGAGAGAACUUUUUCGAAUGAUUAAUCGUCCAGACUUUGCCGUAGUAACUCGCUUACAGGAAGGAACUGAAUCACAAAUAUUCAAAUCUAAAUUUACUGGAUGGGAUGAAGUAAUGGCCGUAGAUUUUACACGCACAGCUAACUCUGUAGCUAAAACUGGCGCAGACUUAACCAAAUGGGCUCGUAAACAAGAAACUCGGGCCGACUUAGCCGCCCUUUUUAUGCCUCGUCAAAACUCGAUGCCCCUAAGUGAGGCCGAGCAGUUAGAAGAAGACUGGAACUAUGACCUUGAAGCAAUGGAAGCUUUUGUGUUAGAAGGUAAAAAAUUUGUUAGAUUGCCAGAAGACGAAUUGGGUAAUUUUUACACGGGGGAAUGCUAUGUGUUUCUUUGCCGUUAUUGUAUACCCAUUGAGGAGGAAGAAGUUGACGUGGAUGAUAUUAAACACUCAGACGACGAAAUUCAAUGCGUAGUAUACUUUUGGCAAGGGCGUAAUGCCAGUAAUAUGGGAUGGUUAACUUUUACUUUUACUUUACAAAAAAAAUUCAAAGCAAUGUUUGGAGAAGAGUUAGAGGUAGUGCGGAUUCAUCAACAGCAAGAAAAUCUAAAAUUCAUGGCACAUUUCAAGCGCAAAUUUAUAAUUCACACCGGAAAACGAAAAGACAAGUCUACUUUAAAGCCGGCAGUCGAAUUCUUCCACUUGCGGUCCAAUGGUGGAGCGUUAUGUACACGCUUAAUUCAAAUUCAACCAGAUGCAGCAAACUUAAACUCCGCAUUUUGCUACAUUUUGUACGUUCCGUUUGACACGGAAGACGAAUUGCAAUCAGGAAUUGUUUACGUUUGGAUGGGUUUAAAGUCUUCUACAGAGGAGUGUAAACUCAUCCAGGAGAUAGCUGAGAAAAUGUUCAAUAAUCCAUGGGUUAGUCUACAGGUAAGGACAUGUAUAUAUUUCGAAAAUAAACUCCAGUUAUGUAACCGUUGUUUA